AUUUGGACAGUCACUGCGGCGUCCUCCUUUGCCUUCGCCCACAUCGGAUCGCCAGUCACCUCCGCCAGAGCACCCGUAUCCGCCUUGACAGGCAAUCUACUGUCAACAUGUCUUCAACAUGUCCACCUUCGUUAUCCGAUGUCCGCGAGGCCGCAAUGAACGCUGCCGUUCUUGCCAAAGCACAAUCGAUGUCUGCGCUUCUCGGACCUUUAACCACAGGGCAGGUGAAGGAACUUGAAGACAAGGUGACAAAUGACCGCUCUCGGCUCCUCAAGCGGCAAGGCGAAAAUCUCAUGCGGCAAGCGGUCGCAAUCAGCGUGGGCGAGGUGGGAAUGAAUUCGAAUCUGGAACUGGAUCAGAUACUCCACAAUAUUCUUCUGAAGUGCGAAACGACCGCUGCGUUUGUCCGCAACUGGACCGUCUCGCCUCAAGGUCACCCGCUUGAUGUAGAUACGAUCAAGACUCUCGCCGACCUCUUCCCCGCGUACAUCGCUCACUACGCCGCCCAAAACCGCGACACGAUCAGCCCCGAACUGCUUGCGGAACACCUCUACACGCCGCUGGCCGAAGUCGUCGUUAAAGUGUACCACCACCACACGGUAGCCAACAGCGACUUGCCACCUCCUGUCAAGGUCAACACGAAGUGUGUCAAUGCAUUCAUCAAGUACCUGUCUGCGGUCCCGCAGCCACCGCGGGUUCGCGCGCUGGCUCCUCGUCAACCGUCAUACUUGGCCCAGAUCGCUUCCGCACUUCCGAUCCCUACGGUAUUCUCGAAGAAGGCCAAAAGCAAUUAUCAGCCCGCCGAUAUCGAUACGACGUACGACUUCGACAAUCCAUACGUACAUCGCGAGGUGAAUGAAGACCUGGCUUCAACACCCGGUUCUGGCUUGGGCAUUCCUGAUGCGACUUCUGUUACGCCCUCUGCCUCCGGUACCAUCGAUAUCGCAUCCGAGGGAGUUGCUGGCUCUGUUUCUAUUGCUGCGGUCGACGAACUCCUGAACCCGGACCCCUCCGCUUCCGAACCUCUCGUCCCUGCUGUGGGUUCCUCAGCUGUGCUCGCCUCUUAUGGUCUCGCUGCUGCCCAAAGCCCGUCGCAGGAUGGUGGUGCACUCGUCGCCUCCUCCUCCGGUGCCAGUGAAGACGUCUACGUGUUCUCCGACAUCGUCAACUCGCCCACGCCCUCCACGGAAUCUGUGGUCAAGCUGCUCACUGCGGACGAGCCAGAGAUCCCGAUCUACGCCAGCACCUCGAAGUCGAUGAAGCGAGACCUUGAGUUUGAUGAGGAUGAGGAGGAUGAGGGCGAGGGGCGUCGCAAGCGGGCGAACAAGGAUACGAGCAUGCACGAGUAGGACUGCAUGUAGUGGUAAUUGCCGGCUCGCGCCUUUGUUAUAUCCUUUCACUCGUUUGGGACUCGCUCUCUGUCACUGUUUCCCUUGGAUUGGUUUUAUUGGGUUUCCUAUGUUAUUCGUCAAUAUUCUGCCCGACUUUAUACCUACCGUUCUUUGUAAUCGUUGUAUCCUCGUUAGUGACCUGUAAUGCCAUACUCCUCCGAAGGUCUCCUCGUCC